AUGUCAUCUACUUGGAUUGAUUUAUCAAAUUUAAAAAAACCAUUAAAAUUUAAUGAAUUUUCAGUUAAUUUCAAUACUGAUUUGUAUAAUGCGAAAUCAUUGCCAAGUGAUAUACAAAACAAGUUGAAUGAAAGAUGGAAUAAAUUACUUAAUUCUGAUAAUCAGGGACGUAUUUUAUAUAAUGAAUCAAAAUUUCGAUUACAUUCUAUUGAAAUGAAAACGAAUAAUAAUGAUGAUACAAUUCAACCUAUUCUUAAUCUAGGUUUAACUGAUUAUAAAUCAUUUAUUUGUACUCAACAACAAAGUUUACCUGAUAACAUUCGUCAACAUAUACAAGAGGAUCAUUUAUCACAUCCUCUUGGUGUUGGUUGUCUUCUAAUUACAGCCGAUGAUUAUAUUGUCUUAAUCAAACGAAGUUCUGCUUGUAUGGAUCUACCACAUACGUAUGAUAUACCUGGUGGUCAUGCUGAACCAAAAAAUUUAACAACAUAUUCAAAAGAAAAUAUCAUUGAAGAAAUUAUUUCAUCAACGAUAGCUGAAUGUGUUGAUGAAACAAAUGUUGAUCGGAAUAGUCUUCUUAUUGAUUCGUUUUUCUUUGUUAUUGCUGUCGUACGAAAUCAACCUCAAUAUGGUCGACCGGCUAUUGAAUUUUGCCUUAGAACAUCGAUGACAUCAAACGAAUUACAACAACGUUAUGAUCUUCAAACACAUAUAGAAGCAAAUGAAACUAGUGAAUUAAAAUUUUGGCCUUUGAAUAAAAUAGCUGAUCUUUUAAAUCCUUCUCAAACACUUCUUACAAUUACACCAGCUUGUCAUGUUGCAUUAACAACAUAUUUACAAUUACGUACAAAAUCUAAUAAUGAUUAUGUUCAAAGAAAAAAUUCUAUGAAUUGUUUAACAGUUGAUGAAGAAGCUAUGGUUUUACGUUAUUAUGAAUUACAAUUAAAAGAUUUUUGUGAAAAAUUCGAGCCACCUAUGACAAAAAUGGCUAUUGCUGUUUGUAUGCAAUAUUUUAAACGAUUUUAUUUAAAUAAUUCUGUUAUGGAUUAUCAUCCAAAAGAUAUAUAUUUAAUAUGUGUUUAUUUAACAUGUAAAACAGAAGAAUUAAGAAUGCCAAUAACAGAUUUUCUUAGUAAUAUUAAAAAUAGUACCAAUCUUGAUCAAACAGCUGAUAUUAUUUUAUCAUAUGAAUUAUUACUUAUUGAAAAACUUAAUUUUCAACUCGUUAUUCAUACGGCAUAUAGACCAUUUGAAGGACUUAUUAUUGAUUUGAAGACUCAUUAUUUACGUGAUAAUGUCAAUGAUGCUGAUCGAUUACGUUUAACUGGUUAUGAAUUUCUUGAUAAAACAUUAUUAACAGAUGUCUAUUUUCUUUUUCCUCCAUCACAAAUUGCUCUUACAGCACUUUUAUUUGCUUCAAUAAAAGCAGCUGUUGAUAUCGAUGAAUAUAUCCUUAAAUAUAUAUAUGGUUCAUUAGAAUCAGUUCAAAUGCUUAAAAUAAAAGAAACAAUACGAUUAAUUGCAAAUGUUGUUACUGCACCGGCUAAAUUUAAAAAAAGUGAAGUUAAACAAAUAGUUGAAAAAUUAGAUAAAUGUUAUAAUGUCGAUAAUGAUCCACGUUCAGAUGAAUAUAAAAAGAAACGUCUUGAACAAUUUCAAACUUUAACUGAUUAUGAAGCAAGAAACUUGCCUUAA